AUGUCGCAGCCCGUCACCCCGCGCCGCGCCACCCGCUCCUCCGCGGCCUAUCCGGCCUCCCCGACCUCCCCGUCCGGAUCCAGGCCCAAAUCGACGCCCAGGCGCCAACCAGUCCCCACCGCCGCCGCGAAGGAGGAGGAAGGGGAGCACGAGCGGAGCACCGUCGACGUGCUCCUCGAGGCGUUGCCCGGCCGCCGCGCGCAGGCGACGGACCUCCUCCGGCUCCUGGCGCCCGCGCCGGCGCUCCCGCUUCUGCUCCACGGGGGCGCCGCCACGGGGAAGACGCGCGCGCUCCUCCUCGCUCUCCGCCACGUGCGCCCCCGCCCGCUGCGCGUCGCCUACGCCGCCCUGCGCUCCCUCCCGUCCCCUCGCGCCCUAUUCGCCUCCCUCCUCACCCAGCUCAGCCCGCCUUCGUCGUCCUCCGCCUCCUCUCGCCUGCGCAUCCCCGACAAGCCCUCGGACUUCGUCGCCGCGCUCCGCGACGCGCUUGCUGGCCUCUCCGCGCAGGGCGAGGCCGUGUAUCUGGUGUUCGAUAAUUUGGAGGUUGUUAGGAGCUGGGACAAGGGCGGCCAACUUCUGGCUCUCCUUCUCCACCUCUACGAUCUCCUCCGGUUUCCGCAGGUCGUGCUCGUCUACGUGAGCAGCGCUACACCUGACGCGUACUACUCCAUGACUGGCUCUAUCGAGCCGAAUCACAUUUACUUCCCUGAUUACACAGUGGACGAGGUCCGAGACAUCCUGAUGCGAGUCCAUCCCAAACCGAAGCUGUACUCAUCGUUCCUUAGUGUGGCGCUGAAGCCAUUGUUCCGAGUAACAAGGAGGGUAGAUGAACUGGUAGCUGCACUGGAGCCACUUUUCAGGAGGUACUGCGAGCCAUUGGGGGAUUUGAAGGCAGUUCCGGAUGAGAGCAUCAAAAGGAGGUUGUUUGAACAUAUACAGCCACAUUUGGCUGUUGCCUUGAACGAGACAUUCAGUGUUCCCACAAGGACUUCUGUGGAUGAAUGCAAGGACCGCAGUUCUGGUGGGAAGGCUAGGAGUAAAAGUCAGUUUGGCAGUAGGGAUGGUUUGCCGACUGAAUUGGAGUUCCACAUGUCUGUGUCAGCGAAAUACUUACUAUUGUCAGCUUUCCUGGCUUCAAGGAACCCGGCUACUCUUGAUGCAGCUUUGUUCGAUUCAACUGGAGGGUCAGAUAACCAUAGGCGUAAGAGAAAGAGCUCUCAGGCGUCGAUGAAUAUGAAGGACACCAUGGCUGAAGAGAUGCUUUUGAAAGGCCCUGGCACAUUUCCUCUUGAGAGGCUCUUGGCUAUAUUUCAGUGCAUCACGUCAGUGUCAGAAGAUUAUCUCGGUGAUGUUGAAUGUCCUGAUAGUAUGAUGAAUGGAAGUGGAAUGACUGGUUUGAUGCCAGAUGUUCUUUUGCAACUUUCAACACUUUGCAAUUCUAAUUUCCUCUCCAAAAGCCGGAGCUGCCCGCUAGAAGGCUCAGCUAGAUAUCGAUCUAACAUUGAUGAAGAUUUAGCACUCAAGGUUGCCAGGAGUGUUAGUUUCCCCCUCUCGAAGUAUAUAUACAGAAGAUAG